AUGUUCGCCAGCCUGUUCAACAUCGUCCUCGCUGCGGUCGCCAUCGGCCAAGCCUCAGCUGCCCCCGCCCACGUCGACGCACGCGACGUGACCACCAUCACCACCUCCAUCGGCGGCACGCCCACCACCGUGACGAUCACCACCGACCCCUCGAGCGCGUUCCCGACCGGGCGCGCUGCGGCGGGCGUAACGACAGUCACCUUUGUCGGCGGCACUACGCUCAGCGCGACAGAGCCCACCACCAUCACCUUCGCCGACCCGACGACGAUCACCUUCAUUGGCGGCACGACGGCGGACGGGACGGAGCCCACGACGGUCACCGUCUCGACGUCGACCGCGAGCGUCGGCGGGGCGGGUGUCUCCACCUCCACGGUCUCGCCGGGCGCGGUUAGCACGACGACGGCGGGCUCGGAGUCCACGACCUCCGCCGCUGGUACCAUCGUCUCGUCGACCGCGACGGGCAGCCCCGUCACGAUCACCUUCGUCGCCAGCACCGGGUUCUAA